AUGGUUUGUGACGCAUGUCAAAAGAAAGUUGGUCGUGUCGCCACUCAAGACGUUUGGAAAAGUGGUUCACGCAAUACCGUCGAAAGUGGUGGUAAAAGACUGAAUGAAAACAAAUUGCUAUCAGGCAAAUCUUCUCGAUACAGUCCAUAUACAACAAAGUUUAACAAAUGUAAACUCUGUAAAUCAACAAUUCAUCAGCCGGGAAGUGCUUAUUGCCAAGAAACGAAAAAUUAUCGUCAAUCUGCUGUUUAA